CUCUCACUCUCUCUUCGUCUCUACCGCUGCAGUACCUCUCCUGCUCACUCCUUCCUGCGCUGGCCGGGGAGACACGCGCUUUCUGCUUUUCCUGCCUGGCUGCUGGCUCUGCUCCAGCAUCCCACCGUGCCUCUCUCGUGCGCUCUCCUCCCCACCUCCAGCCUAUGUCUCCUCCUGUGGGUUUUACCAGCCAGCCUGCUUCCCUGGCUGCUGCUGCUGCUGCUGUUGGAGCUGUCUCACACCACACUGCUGCGCCGCUACCUCUCUGCAUUGCUUCUCCUCGCUGCUUUACGCCUCACACUCUCCCUCGCUGGAUAAUCAACUGCUGAGUGUGAAAGAGACAGCGACAGAGGACGUGAAGGGAGGGAGAGAGACAGAGAGCCUGCACUCUUCAUUCAACUGCUGCUGCAUUCUUCUCCUUCAGUUUGCCUCUGCUUCUCUGGCCUGCUUGGAGUGAAGGAAUUUAUCCUUCUCUCUUUGCGCUUCCUCCCUCUGUUCAUUCCUGGGACAGAGUGCAGAGGAGGAGAGAAGAGGGAGGGACCUGAGAGCAGGACUUCAGCUGCACAGCUCAGUGUCCCGCCUUGCUCCAGAGACACAUGAGACAAACACACACAAACACACAAACACAUUUGCAUAGAUUGGACACAGUUCAGGCCGACCAGACUGGCAGACGGGGGACAGAUUGACAAAGGCACACGUUCUGUACACACACGUAGACAGACACGAAAAAACAGACAGACGGACAGACAAGUGGUGUCAUGGCGUCAGUGGACAGCACCGGUUCAAUUGUCUCUGGUCGGCUGAGAUCAGGGGAUCUGCUUCACACUGGUCUGGCAGUUGCACUGCUGCUCGGUGUAUGGAGUGUUGUUGGACUGGAGGUCUCGGUAGGUAAAGUGCCUCACCUUGAAGCACUUAAUGGCUCCACGGUCCUGCUGCCCUGCACCUACUCCUCCUGCAUUGGCAUCAAUAAACUCUACUUCAACUGGCAUUAUAAUGACAAUGGAACCAUGCAAAUGUUAUGUGAAGCGGUGAUUCCCAUGGAAGGCGUGGAGCCCAAGGUCAGUGUGUACCAUGAGCGUGUGGAGUUUGUUGGCUCCUCAAAGACCAACAACAUCUCCAUCCUGCUGUGGAACAUCACCUUCGAAGAUGAGGGAAAGUACAUCUGUUUCGCCAGGAACCCAAAAGAGAAGUACCGCAACCACAGCGCUGUCUACACUCUUAUAGUGGUGGACCAACUGAAGGAGGUUGAAAAUACUUUGACAGUCAUCAUUGUCUCAGUGCUGGGUGGAGUCAUUGGCUUAGCUAUCUUUGGCAUGGUGAUAAAGGGCUUGGUUGUUCAGUUUCUGCUGAAGGAUGAUGAGAAGAACAAAGAGUGCCUGGUGAGCUCAGGGAAUGACAACACAGAAAAUGGAGUUACAGGAGCCAAAGCAGACAACAAAGGGACACCAAAGACACCAAAGGCAUGAGUAAAAUGCAAAGUACGUCCGUAUGUUUGUAUAUAUGUUAGACAAAUGUACAAGCUCAGAGAAAGCGAUGUUACCAGUGGACUGUUUUAUCUUACUAGCGGCUAAUACAACAUGUCAAUUUCUAUUUUAAAUCAUGCUUGAGAUUUGGAAAGUGUGGAAUGUACAUAGGCCUGGAUCACUCUCUCAGCUACACGGCAGCCCAUUUGUUACACAGUGUGCAGCCUCUGUUAUCGACUUCUGCUCUCCCAAAACCUAACACUUUCUCAACAGUAUAGCCUCAAGUAAACUGUCUCUGCUCCCAAAUACACUUGCUGUUCUCAUACCCUCUUUACCUCAUCUUAGAGGAAUAACUUUGCACCGAGCAGAUCCUCAGCUGUUUCAAUAAUCAACUGCCACUCCAAAAUACAGUUAACUAGUCUCAGUUGACAAGCCACCAGAAUGUUUGAUUCUUCCAUCUACAACUCAAAGUCAAACUUGGACCCAAACAGACCUGACCAGUGGGAGCAAACACACCUCGAUGCCAUGAUGAAUUGCCAUAAUCUACAUAUGUACUGCCAUGAUGUCAACUGAAACAGCACAGAAUACCCAAAACCAGAGGAUUCUUCAACCAGAGUUUUGUUCAUAAACGUAAGCCAUUUUUCACUCACAAAAUAAAUAGAAUUUGCUGGUUAAAACUGGUAAAUAUACAUAUUUUUAACACUGCUUGUAAAAUGGCAUUUUAACAUUUAAGGACCAGGUACCAAUAUUGUAGUAUGCUACUGACUGAACAUGUACUGUUGUUGAGAUUAACAAAUCCUACGUUGGUUUGCGAGAGUGUUUUCGAGGCAUUUCUUUGCCCCUGACCUUUUAUUCCUGAUCUAACCCUAAAUACUGCCAUUGCCAGCCGGAAUUUCAACUUGCAUGUUUACAGCAGGGUCCAGGUUUGACACACUGUUGGGGGUGUUUGGUUCAUUAAGGCCAACAGUAGAUUUUGAUCAGCUACUUCAUAGCUAAGGCUGACAACUGGGCUUUCUUAGGUGACUGAAGGAUCCAGUUAUGCACAGGUUUUUUUUUUGUCUUGCUUUAGAUGAAACACAGGUGCCUGUUCUGCUUCUGCUCCCUCUGCUGGUGGGAACAUAAAAAAUAGAAAACGUAUUAUAAAAAAACAAAAACAACCCUAACCUUCAUCCAAGACAAUCCCUAGAUGACCUAGCUCCCUAAAGAAACGAAUGAAAUGAAUCAUGCUGCUUCUGACUAAUAACCAAUGCAUUUUUAGCAUGUGCACAUUUUAUAUAACUUCAUAUAAGUAUAUGUUGUCUAGGACCACAGUACAGUAACAUUUCUGUGUGUCUCUGUAUGGUCCCAUUUAACUCUUCACAUCGCCUUGAAUCAACUGAAGCUCUGUCAAUGCU